AUGUCGAGCUGGAAAAAUCAAUACUUCUGUUUUGAGGAAAAGGUGAUUGAAAAGUUAAAGGAAACACCAUACGUUCAUCAGUUCAUCCAUGACCAACACAGUGCAAGGAUAACGCUGUUCUUACUAGUAAUUGGCACAAUUGCUUUCUUCAAUGAGUUAUGGAUAACCAUCGAGAUGAGUUUAAUCCAGAAGGAAACAUACGAUGAGUUAAAUCUAGGCCGUAUAGACGAGGGUUUAAAGCUACACAGAAUGAUUGUAAGCGACGAAUACCAUGGCCGUGAGUAUAAAGACGAGAAGAGUGGUAUUGUAAUUGAGGAGUUUGAAGAUAGAGAUAAAUUUUUCGCCAAGCCAGUUUUUGUAUCCGAGCUAACAGUCGAUUGCAACAUAGAAAAAAAUGGUAAGACUAUUCUAGAGAGACCAUUAAGUUUCCAUAUUGAGUUCACACCUGAAGAAUGGGAACUUGAAAAGAGACCUGAAUUUGGUUGUCCAUUGUCUCUUCUGAGAUUAAAAUUAUACCAUCUAUUUAGGGAUUCAAGAUUUUACACAGAACUGGUGGAUCCCAGUACUGAUAGCUUUACAGUUUCAAAAGGAGUCAUAAUUUACAACAAAAUGGGCGAACUACUACCUGCUAGUGUUGAUAGCGUCCAGCUGUGCUUUUUAAAGAUCGAAACUGGUUGCCACAUCAAUGCCACUUUUGUUAUUAAUUAG